AUGCAUAAGACCAGGGCUCUGAGCAGCUGGAUGCUCCGCCUCUCUUUCAGGUUCCCACGUGGCAAAUCAAAGACACAUGGAACUGACGAAGUUAGACUUGAGAAAGGAAUUAAUGUGGAUAAUGAUGAGAUCGUUUACUCUGUCGGGCAAUCAAAAUUCGUUCUCAAGAACCUUCAGUAUUAUACAGUCCAUCCAAAAUUGAGCCAGUACUAUGAGCCUUUGAAGCACACGGCACUGCAGAAAUUCAUGGCUCGAAACCAGAAAAUCUUAAGCUUCAUGCUCAAAGUCGCAGAAUACGAUCAGGAUAAGACCUUACUGAUAAUGACCAACAACCCACUUCCCUGCCUAAUGGACCCAUAUGGAAAGGACAUUACACCAAAAUACUUUUCUAAGGAGUUACUGCUCAAGGAAAGUUAUCAGCACAAACCCACUGAGAACUUCCGCCUACCCUUGUUGCCUCAGGAAAAAAAGUUAGGACCUGGGCUGAAAUCAAUCUUCUCUAUGGCACUGUCGAAGGAUCCUACAUCCAAGCAAAAACAAUGGUUUAGGUUUUCCAACAAGAAUGAUUUCAAGAGUGAAGGGAACUAUUCAGCAAUCUGCGCCUUGAGGAAACAGAAAAAUAUGUACCCUGGGCUCGCGAGUGCUCAAGUCUAUAAUAGAGAUAUGAGGAAAGAUGUCUCCAAGAAGUCAGAAAGUGACAUGCAGACUUCGAAGAUAAACUGGGAACCACUAACCCUUUCAUCGCUGCUGGAACAGAAGCCCACCAGAACCGCGCCUGGGGAGAGCGCCUUCCGCAGUGGAAGCGCCCGGCAGUGGUUUAUAAAAACACCCCGUCAUUAA